AUGGAAGAAAACGAAGAAGGAAACGCAUCAGUGACGUUGGGUAAAAAGCAGAAACUUCGUCGGACGUCAUCGAGAACAUCCACCGCCAGCGUCAGUAGCCUGGCGGACCAUUCUCCGAGAGCUCUACGCAGAAAUAACUCCAAAAAACCUCUCUUGCAGAGAGGAAGCUCCUUCACUUUUCUCACCCCAGGGACACCUUGGGACUUCAGUCUGAAGCGUAAACGCAAAGAAAAGGAAGACGACACGGUCAGCCUGUCCAGUUUUGAUCUCAAGGAACCGACAAACAAAAAAGUACGGCCACUGGCAAGAGUGUCAUCCCUCGUCAACUUUAUAUCUCCUUCCAAGAACGGAGCCGUGCGUCGCUUUGGUCAGACCAUCCAGUCCAUGUCACUGCGUGGGGAUGGUAAAUCCCCUGGUGCGUUGCUGCGAAGCAGCAGCAAGGCGACAGGACCCACGCCCACCAAACGAAGAAACAGCACGCUGUGGUCAGAGAUGCUGGAUGUUCACCAGAAGAGCUCCUUCACCUCUAAGGAGAUCAAGAGACAGGAGGCUAUAUAUGAGCUCUUCAGGGGAGAGCAGGAUCUUAUUGAGGAUCUCCAGUUGGCACGGAAGGCAUACCACGACCCUAUGCUCAAGCUGUCCAUUAUGACGGAGGAGGAGCUGGCGCAUAUCUUUGGGGAUCUGGACGCGUACAUACCACUGCAUGAGGAUCUUUUAAUGAAGCUGACUGAUGGAACAGGACCCGAUGGCACGGUGGCCGAGAUAGGACAAAUGGUGAUCAACUGGCUCCCGGGCCUGAAUGCAUACAGAAACUACUGCAGCAACCAGCUAGCAGCCAAGGCGCUUCUGGACCAGAAGAAACAGGACCGGCGAGUGCAGGACUUCCUACAACGCUGCCUGGAGUCACCCUUCAGCCGGAAGUUGGACCUGUGGAGCUUCUUGGAUAUCCCGCGCUCGCGCCUCGUCAAGUACCCACUGCUACUCCGAGAGAUCAUGAGGCAUACUCCGGCCGAACACCCGGACGUGGCCAACCUAGAGAAAGCGGUGACAAUCAUCCAGGAGAUUCUGUCAGACAUCAACAUAAGAAAAGGCGAAUCUGAGUGUCGGUACUAUGCGGACAAGCUGGAGUAUUUGGACGACAAGCAGCGGGACCCUUUGAUUGACAGCUGCAAGAGCCUAUUAUGUCACGGCGAGCUGAGAAACAAGAGUGGCUCGAGGCUGCAUGUUUUCCUGUUCUCGGAAGUGCUGGUGCUGACCCGGCCGGUGACGCGCAAUGAGCGGAGCUGCUUCCAGGUGUACAGGCAACCCAUCCGAGUUCGGGACCUGACGCUAGAAGAUCUGCAGGAUGGAGAGACCCGCUUGGGUGGAUCCUUCCGCGGUGCUUUCACCAAUGCCGACAAAGCAAAGAACGUUUUCCGCGUGAGCUCAACGGAUCCGUCGCACGGCCAGUCGCACACGCUGUACGUCAACGACGUGUACCACAAGCAGCAGUGGCUCAACUGCCUGCGAGGCGCCAUGACCGAGUACGGUUCCUCGAACGGCGCCGUCACACGGGUCAAGCGGCGCUCGUCGUCCGUCCGCGAGGGAGACGAAAAUUGUCCGGCAGUGGGACCUCAGCUCAGGCCGCAGAGGUCACGGGUCACACUCAACAGGAAAGAGACUGGUGUGUAG